AUGUCUUGCUGCAUUAUGGCGGUGCACCAAGUAGAGCUGCUCGAAGACGGACACCUCGCGCAUUACGGUUUAUUUGAGCUGUUCGCCAUAAAUAAACAAGUCGCGCAUUGCCGUCGAGUCGAUAUCCUGGUGCAUGUCACCAUGCUUGAUCCCGUACGCAGUGCGCCAUGUCUGCGGAGACGCCACAGUUGGACUGGUACCGGCCGAAGUGGAAUGCAGCAAGACAUCCCACCUCAUCUGCUCAUGUACGGACCUCCUCCAGAAGCGCAACCACCAACAGGUCUAGAGCCGGACGAUAUCUUCAACAGGUUGAAGUGGUCUAUUCUAGACCCUCCGUCAGAUGUGCAAAUCUUCGGACUAGACAAUCAAGGAUUCUUGGAAUGGCAACUCCUUUCCGAUCCUUCCAACAACUUGCUAUUUGAUGUAGCAGCAACAGAUCCUCCGCAAUCACGCUUGCAUGUAUCAAUCGAACUAUUGAAUAGCUGGUGGCACUGGCACGACUCGUCAACCCAGCAUCUACGCCCAGCACAGUUGCUCUUUGAGAAUGCAGAAGGACAGUACAUCUCUGUGAGGCAGUUCAUUGAGGCAGUUCAUUGA